AGACCAUUCCGGAAGGAAGUGGUUCCUGGUCUUCGGCCCGCGGGGGUAGCUGGGUGCUUGUUGGAGCAGGAGGCGGGAGCUGAGCGAGGGGCUAGGCCUUGAGGGAGCGGCGGCGGCUGUGGUGUCGGAGCCUUGGGCGACAGCGACGGCUAUGGUGACAACUUCCCUGAGGGCUUUUGGCUAUUAUAAAUGCUCCUGUGAACAUUGUUGUGGUUGGAUAUACCUGAAAUGCAAUAAUAGUUGGGCCACAUGGUAACAACAUGUUUGACUUUAUUGAGGAACUGCUAGACUUUUCUAAGAUGGCUAACUGUACCAUCUACCUUUCCACCAGCAGCAUUGUAAAAAGUGGAUCAGGUGGCUAAAGGAUGGCACGGUCACGGUCCAGAUCCCCCAGGUGGAAACAGAGGUCAUUAUCACCACAAUCUAGAAAUUUUGAAUACCACGAGGAAAGACAUUUCCAUGGGCACUAUGACCCUGAAUAUAGAAAUGAUCCACAAAGACCCUUUACUUGGAGAAUGGAUGAUGAGAAACAUGGACAAAAUAAACCAAGGAUUCCCCCUCGUGUGAAUUCCUAUUAUCGGUCUUAUGAAAAUAGAUCACCUUCCCCAAAUGUAAAACCUGUUGAAAAAUUUGAUACAUAUAAGCCUCACCAAGAAUAUUUUCCUGGAAGAGGAGAUGAUGACAGAAGAUCUCAGUAUAUGCCCACAUACACAGAAAAUGCAGCAGCGUACAUGGAGCAUGAAAGGGAUUGUUAUAUUCCUACAGUGCAAGGAAGAUAUACUGAUGAGCACAGAGGUAGAGGAAAUGGGAGAGGAGGGAAGCCACCUCAGAUGUUACUGGGGAUGCCACCUCAGAUGUCACUGGCAGAUUCCUUUAGAUUUAAAGAGACAUGGCAUGAAGAUGAAUUGAGACACCAAAGGGUACCAGAAGAAAGCUUCCCUCAGUCACCCAGAAGAGGCUCAGAAGACUUUGACACAAGGAACCCUUUUCAGAAGAGGUAUCCAGAGGAUCAUGAUUUCAGAAAGUAUGGCUACAUAUCAAAAAGACCUACAGAUGCAGCAAGGUAUGAAAAUAGAGAGCCAGCCAGAAACCCAAAGUGGAAGCCUGAGCAUUCUUUUCUACCUUUCCAAGAAAAGGCAGAAGACUGGAGCUUUGGAACCCAAAGUUACAGAUAUACUGAGAGAGAAUACCCAGAGAGAAGUGCAGCAACGAGAGUAUCCUAUGACUACCGUCACAAACAUCAUAAGCUCUCAGAUGGUGAGCAGGACUUUGCUGAUGGGAGAUUUCAGAAGUACUUGAAGGAAGAAGACAGAAAAUACAGUUCUCUAAAAAUUCCUGGAAAUAGAGAGUCAGAUUGUUUCAGUACUAUAAGAGGAAGAGAAACUGAGAAUGAGCAAAUCAAUGGACCUUUUUAUCUCUACCAGAAAGACUGUGUUUCCUAUACUCAUACAAAUAUAAAGGAGACUGAUUUGGCGUCUUGCAAUGACAAAUGGAAGAAAAAAACAAAUAAAGAAGAUUGCAGAAAAGAGAAUGCAUCUUCUAGUAAACAACUUGAUACAGGCCCAAAACCUGAAGACAAAUGCUAUUCGCUUACCAAGAAGAAAUCACUUACCAUCAAAGUAGACAGGAACAAGAUGGACACAUUUAGGUCUACUAGAUAUUCUGCAGAGAGACAGACAUCACACGACUUGGUUGCCAUUGGCAGCAGAAAUGAUAAUUUUCAUCCAGUAUUUCAACAUCUUGACUCAACUCAGAAUCCUGAAGACAAACCUACAGAAGAAUUUGCUCAGGAAAUCAUAACAAUAAUUCACAAAGUUAAAGCAGAUAGUUUUGUAACACCUGAGAUUACUCUACACGAGCGUUUCUCAAGAAUAAAAAACAAAAUGUAUGCAGAUUUCAAUCAAAUGCAAUCAAAUUCAGAUCCAGAAUUUCACAGGCGAAUAGAUAUGUCUUUGGCUGAUCUUCAAAAUAAAUAUACUAUGGUGUAUGAACCAGAUAAGACUGUGGUCAAAGUAAUAGAACCAAAUGAUCUACGACAUGACAUUGAGAGGAGGAGAAAAGAGCGAUUACAGAAUGAAGAUGAGAAUAUUUUUCACAUGGCUAGUUCUACAGAGAGGAUUCAUCAGUCUUCCAGUUUUCCAAAGGUGAAGACUAUUCGUGCUGAUGGAUUUCAAAAGCCUCCACAUUUUAUAAAAUCAAAUUUUAGAAAAUUUAUUCAGAAACCUUACAUAAACUAUACUAUGCAGAGAAAAGAUGCCAUUACUCAGAAGAUAUUUAGAAUUGAGGAAAAUCAUCAAAACAGAAGAGGCUCUAAAGGACCUUUUAAGAACUUUUUAGGUGGCAGAUUCCAGCCCAAUUAUAAAUCACACCUGGUACAGAAGAGCUUGUAUAUUCAGGCCAAAUACCAGCGUUUACGAUUUGCUGGACCAAGGGGAUUUAUUACCAAUAAAUUCAGGAACAGAUUUCUGAGGAAAAAAAAGGAAUACCCGAUAUUGCCAAGGACAAACCACCUCGAAUUGUUGCAGAUGGAGUCAACACUAUAUGAGGACUUAACUGAGCAUCUCAUUUUGUCAGGAAUUGGAUUGACACUAAGACACUAAUACUGUAACUUUCUUGAUAAAAUAUCUUUAUUUUUCAGUAGUAGAAUGCUGCAACUUUUUUACACUCAACAAUCACUGUUAAUCACAGUAUUCAAUUUCAAAAGUUGUAUUUAACUACAAGCUCUUUUGCAAAAAUUCUCAGCAGAUGCAUUCGACGGGCAUUAUUUGUUGAUGCAUCUUUCUCUCAGCAUGGUUUCACUGAGAGAGUUUAAUUGAGUUACAUGUGAAGGUUUAUAUGUUGAAAGCUUUGUGUUAUAAGAACAGGUAUCAGAAUUAUUUAGUGUCUGUAUAUUAGAGAACUUUAAACAGUGGCCUUACAGUAGCAAAUUUUAUACUGGCUUUUCUUUUUCUGAUGACAUUUUGGCUUCUAACUUGAAGUUUUCUGAAGUUUCUGAAGAUCAAGGCCUGUGUGUGUCAUCCAUUUCAUAAUACAAUAUAAGAAGCCUAGAGAAGAAGUGCAUCCUCUCCAUCAGGUCAUGGCGAGUGCACUGAAUUAUUAGUAAUGCGUAUCUUGGGUUUUCCCUUGACUAUUUGCUCUUUUCUAGUUUCAAGUGCUAUUGUGGAAAAUAUGUAAGGAUUUUAUAGUCUCUAUUCCAUCUUCUUUUCCCUCAGGGCAAGCUUGUGCAUAUUAUAUUUUUAAAGGCUUUUAAAAUCUGACAGACAAAAUUGCAUAUUUGAACAUUGUACUUUACUACUACUGUAUUACACCUUUUGCAGACACAUCUUACAGACAUAUCUUUGGUUCAAUUGAUAGGUGUUGCAUACCUACUAUGUGUAAGAUAGGAUCCAUGGGAUAGUAAAUACAGACUGUAGGUCCAGAAACUUAAUUCUUUGUUUUCUUUCUUCUGCUUAAAAGUACAUAUACAUUCCCAGUCAAAAUUUUGUGACAUGUUUAUUUGUAAGAAAAUAAAAUAUUGUUCUUUCUGCUUGAAGCUGCUACCUGGCAAUGGUGAGAACAUUCUUUUUUCAUGAGACUGCCAACCCUGGGUAACACCUGUUGAUAUUGAAUAAUGGGGAGCACAUAGGGAUCUAUAUUAAUUUUUUUCACACAAGAGCCACUCUUCCUUAAACGAGUCAGUGAUGAGGGAAGUCAGAGCCUUGAUUCAGUGCUAAUUGCGUGAUAUGUAGAUGAUGCACACAAAUGACUUUGUAUUGUGUGCUACCUCUAUAAAUCGGAUUUUCCAACCCUUCUAAAUGUGAGGCUUAGGGCAAGGGAGAAUUUUAUGUGUGCAACAGUAGAGUAGGUUUGUGUUUUUUGGAUAUUUUUUAAAAAAUCUACUUUUAAUGUUUUUGAGUCAGGGUCUCAUGUAGCCCAGGCUAACAUGGAACUCAGUAUAUAGCUGAGGAUGACCACGAUGACCUCUGGAGUGUUGGGAUUACAGGCAUGUUUCCACUAUACAUGGUAGGCAAGAAUUCUGCCAGCUGAACCACAUCUUCAGUCCAUGAAGCUUAAUUUUAUUUGUAUAGGUGUUUUUGCCUGCAUGUAUAUCAUACAUGGCCCACAAAGGCCAGAAGAAGAUGUAGGCACUGGAACUGGAGUUAAAAAAUAGUUGGGAAAUGGAUCAAGAUCCUUGGAUAGAGCAGCUUGUGGUCCUAACUAAUGAGCCAUCUGUCCAGCUUCUAGUUUUAAAAUAACUGAUUUCAUUUGUUCCCAUGUUCUCGUAAAUAGUCAUAAAACAGUAGUAGUUAGUCAUUUGACUGGCAGCUCCCCACCUGGGUGGGUGAGUGUGUGUGUAUGUUUCAUGUAUUGGUGAACAAGAAAAAGGAUGAGACACAUGGGCCCUGUUUGCCUGUGUAGUUUCUGCAGUCUCAUAAGGAAAAUGGCCAUUGAACAUAGAAAUGAAGCUUGGUAAACAGCUUGAUUAUAGAUGGUUUUAAUCACUGUAGCACCUAAGGGUAAGAUUGUUAAUUUAGCAUUUCAUUUCACAACUGAUUCCCCCAUUUAGGCGUAUUUGUAUAAAUUUUUGACAGUGUCUCAAAAAUCAAAGCUUUUUAAUCUGGCAGAAUAUAUACUCAGAUAAUAAUUGCUAUAAGAUUGAUAGCCUAAAAAGAUACACUUGUUUUAUAAUUUAAAGUACACACACACAUCAAGUAUGUAAUACCAACACUUGGAGUCUGAGGCAGAAGGAUUACCCCAAGUUUGAAGUCUGCCUGACUUACAUAGAGAGUUCAGGCCAGCCUGAGUUACUGUAUGAGAUACUGUCUCAGAAAUUCAUGAGAUAAGAAUAAACCCAGACAAAUUAAAAUUAUGAUAAUUUAUAGCAUUCAGUCAAACAGACCAUGUCUAUUUUUUCACCAUAAUCCCCAGCAUAUAACAUUCUAAUUAAGUCAUUAAAUAUUAAUUGAGGCAUCUGUAAAUAGUAGAAUUUAUGUAUGCAAUUUUCAUAUGGGAAUUGAACAAGACCACUUUCAAUAGCCUCAAAAAAAAUCUGAAUUCUUAAAUGCUUAAGACGAGAACUUUACUUUUAUUUUAGCAUAUGUGAGUACAAUGUUCUUAUUUCAUUAUACAUGAAGGAAAAGAGGGUAGAUGAUCUCAGGUAUUAGGCCUUGCCUUCUACCUUGUUUGAACAAUGUUUCUUGUUCACUGCUGCAUAUGCCAGGCUUACUGUCCUGCAAGGUUCCAGGGGAUCUUCCUGUCUCCAUCUCCUGUCUUGCUGUAAGAGUGUUGGGAUUACAGACAUGUGCUACUUUGUAUGGCUCUAUUUGGGUUCUGGGCAUCUGAACCCAGAUCCUCAUGGUUAUGUUUCAAGUGCUUUUACCUUCUGAACCCUUACUCCACCCCAGAAACGUUUUGACUGAGUCCCAUACCAUUGCCUCCUUUCAGUUCCUCAUGUGCUAGCCUUGUCACUGGUAAUAGGGUGGCAAUAGUAAGAUCAUCCCUGCUCUAAAGAAUCUCAAACCAGAGCAAAAGAUCUACAAAGAUAAAGAACAACAUUAAGUACUGUAACAGAGACAUGAAAGAUUGAACAGUUCCUUUAGAGUUCUUGACUAGUGACAAGACAAAUUUGUUCUCUAGGUGGGUUUUCUGGUUUUAAAGAUUGAUGUUAGUUAAUAAGUAAAAAGUAUCCAGGUUCCAUCUGUAUUACUUUCCUUUGUGUUGUUUUUGUUUUUGAGGGAGAAUUUCAUUCUGUGAUCCAAGGGCUAAACUCAAAGUUGUGUGCCUGCCCUUUUCUGGGGUGUGUGUGUGUGUGUGUGUGUGUGUGUGUGUGUGUGUCUGUCUGUCUGUCUGUCUGUCUGUCUGUCUGUCUGUCUGUUUUAUACCUGUUAACCUAUAAUUAUCUCAGCACAAAUUUUAAAAGUACCCAUCACCAUAUCACAGAGAAAACUCAUAUUUUAGAGUACAUAUUUUUCUGUUGAAAAUAUCAUUUACGUUAAAACAUUUAAAUAGAUGCAUAUGAACUUAAUCAUAUUUUAGUUCAUGUCGUAGUCACAAUUGUGAUAAAAUGCCAUGACCAAAAGCAACUUAGAGAGGAAAGAGUUUAUUUCGCUUACAGUUCCAUCAUCAAAAGCGGUGAGAGCAGAAACUCAAACUGGAGGCAAGAACCUGCAGAUAGGAGCUGAUGCAGAGGCCAUGGAGGGGUGCUGCUUACUGGAUUGCUCCCCAUGGUUUGUUCAGCCUACUUUCAUAUAGAACCCAGGAUCACCAGCCCAGGGACUGUUCCACCCACAAUGGACUUGGUCCUUCCCCCAUCAAUCAUUAGUUAAGAAAAUGCCCUAUAGCCUUGCCUUCAGCUGGUUUUUAUGGAGGCAUUUUCUAAUUGAGGAACCCUCUCUAGCUUGUGUCAAAUUGGCAUAAAACUGGCCAGGACAGUUUUGUUGUUAUUGUUUGCUUGAUGAUGCUUGGGCUCUAAUCCUCGGACUCACUGCUUUGGUGUUGAAAACCUGGAGCUAAAAACUGAGAGGUUAUAAGAUAAAAAAAAAAUCUUUUAUGGCUGGGCCAAACUUGCAGUCUCCUACAAAUAGGAGAGAAGCAGCUAAGACUAAAAGUCUUUUUUUUUUAUAGCAUUCGAGCAGGUGAUUAUAAAAAUCAGAUAUUUGCAGUUAUUUUUAUGAUAAUGGAGAAAGUACAUGUUGUGGGUUUAUAGUCAGACAGUUCCUGGAACAUACCAUGAGACAUUUUAUGGUCAGCCAAUUCUCGGAACAUACUAUGAAAUAAUUUAUAACAUGUAAAUCACAAAGUUAUAGAGGAAGAACAAGUCAAAAAACACAUUAUUAUAGAAAAGCACCAUAGAGAACAAUAUAGAAAGCAAAUUCUAACAUGUUAAACUAGGAAAAGGGAAAAUGGAGUCAGCUGGCACUUGCAGGGCAGAUAUUUUAUCAUUGAGCUAUAUCUGCAGCAUUUGGAGGUCUUUUUAGGGAAAGGUGGGGAUGCGUUGAGGCACAAACAAAAGUAAAGCUAAGUCAGAAAGUUUGUACCAGCUAGCAACAACUAAGCACAUAAUGUCUAGCAGCCACCAGCCAAGGAAGGAAAAUGGAUAGAAUACUAAAACUGUCUUUCCAUGGUAAGUUGUGCUGUCAAGUCAUAAUAUCCUAAGGUUGGAAUCCAGAAGGCAUGAAUCUUCAGCCACGUGGUGGAACACUUGGGUAGCAUCAGUGAAACCCUGUGGUAGUUUGAAUAAGAACAGCUCCCAUAGGCUCACAUAUUUGAAUGGUUAGAUACCAGGGAUUGGCACUGUUUGAGAAGUAUUGGGAGGUGUGGUUUUGAUGGAGUCAGUGUGCACUUGUUAGAGGACGCAUGUAACUGGAAUAGGACUUUGAGGUUUCAAAAGCCCAUGCCAGGCUGAGUCCCGUGUCCCCCAUGCAAUCCCCCCUCCCUCCUGUGUUUCAGGAUGUAGCUCUUAGCUGCUACUACAGCUCCAUGACUGCUGCAGUGCCCCCUGCUAUAAAAACUGUGGACUAAAUCUCUGAAACUGUAAGCAAGCCCCCAAUUAAAUGCUUUCUUUUCUAAGGGUUGUUUUGGUCAUGGUGUCUUCACAGUAAUAGAACAGUGACUAAGACAGGGCUAAAAGUUACAUUUUUCACAGCUUCUUGAUGUUAGCACAGUGCUUCUCAAUGUGAUCCCAAUGCUUGACAGCAUUCAGCAGCUCCUAUUUCACUUCUGAUUCCUUUUCUACUGCAUUUAAUUAAAAUAAGAAAUAUAGUGAGUUAUUGCCAUCAUUCCUGGGUUUACAUGCGAAUGCAUAGAAGUCUGAAAACAUACUCAUUGUUAACACCUGGUUACUUAACUGGUGGGAUUUGAAGAGACUAUUUCUAUUAUCUGUCACAUAACAAAAACCCUAGUAUUAAAGUUAUUCUUUUAAAGUGGUAUGGACAUUCCAUCCUUCCCAUCACUGAAUGUCAGUCACUACAAACAUGUCAACAAGCAUUACCUUCAUUUGCAUUCCGUUUUACAUUAGCCCAGUGGGGUUUCAUUUCCUGCUGUUUCUCCUCCUACAUUAUAAGUAGUGAACUUAAUUAUGUGUGAUAUGACAUUUUAGUAUAAAUUAUUAAUGCAAAGUGUGAUAUAUAAAAGUUUUCAUCUCAACUGUUUCUUUUGUUUGUUGUUUUGGUAUUUCGAGGCAAGGUUUCGCUGUGGCUAAACAGUACCCCACUUAUGUGUGCACAUAUGUGAAAAUUGUAGACCUUCCAAAGUCCAUUCUUUCCAUAGGACCCAGUGAAAGAAUUAAAGUCUUCAGGCUUGGAUGGUAUAAGACACCUCUAUCCGCUUAGGACCUCCAAGAGCAAGUUCUUGGCACAAAGAAGAUUUAUUUGCUCCAGAGAGACAGAGGGCAGGGAAUAAGGGACAAAGACAGGAGAUAAAGGAAGAGGGAGAAGGGGAAGGGGUAUUUGUUCCACAGGACAAAGGACUACCUCUGGAUAGAAGAGACAGACCUGGCCCAUAGGCAAAUAGCGGUUUAUAAAAGUAAAAAGGGGAAACCCCAUGUUAGAAUGAAUGUUUCAUUUUAAUUGGGCAUGCUAAUUAGGUGAGCCAAAGGGGGCUUUUGAUUGCUGGACUUCAAUACUUUGAUAGCUGGACUUCGAUAGCCUCCGUGGGAGGAAGUGACCAAAUAAGGGAAUAGACCAUGGAGGUUACCUUUAGGAAUGUAAUCGAACAGUUUUUAGUGAGGCAGAGGGAAUAAGGGCGAAAGGCAAAGCCUGCCAGAGCAGUGUUUGCCAGGCUGGGCUGACCAGAUUUCCAUCAGAAGGCAAGCACUCUAUAUCUGCUGAGCCAUUUCACUAGCCCUUGAAGAGCAUUUAGACAGAUUCCAUAGCAUAACCGCCAGCAGUGCAGCAAUGCAGGUGUGCAGGUUUUUCUGGCUUGCUGACUUCAUUUCCUUUGAAUCUAUACCUGGAAACAGUAGUCUUGGUUUUCUGAAGAUACUACAUACUGGCUGGAUUCAUUUCCAUUCCCAGCAACAAAGUCACCAAGUUUCCUGUUGCCACACCCUCACCAGCAUUACUUUUGUAAUAGUCACUGUGGCUGGGAUUACAUGCUACACUACUUGUUAUAGCUUAAUUUCCUAUAGUUCCCUGAAAACUAACGGUACUGAGAGCACUUUGCAUAUUUUUUUGUUUGAAAUGUGUCUUUCCAGAUGGGUUGUCCAGUUUGGGGGUGACUACUGUGACACAAACUCAUGCUAAGCAAGUGCACUAUCACUGAGCUACAUCUCCAGCUUAGGCUCAUUUGCUGUCUUAUACUUUGAUUACUUAACCUACCCUCACCUUUUCUGUUUUUGUGUAUUGUGACAGUGUCUCACACUGUACUCCAGACUGUUCUAGAACUCACUCUGUAUACCAGGAUGGCCUUGAACUCAUAGAGAUCCCUCUGCUUCUGCCUUCUGAGUGCUGGGAUGAAAGUUGUGUACACACCUGGAUAACUGUUGUUUAUAUCCAUAGUUGUGCCUUUUCUAGAAUGUUGUAUAAAUAGGCUUACACAACAUUUGGCUGGUGUUCCUGACAUUUUUUGGUUUUGUUAUUGUUUGUUUGUUUGUUUUCUCUGUAUAGCCCUGGUUGUCCUGGAACUUCCUCUGUAGACUGAGCUCAGAUCCACCAGUCUCUGCCUCUGGAGUGCUGAGAUUAAAGGAGUGUGCCACCACGUUCCAGUUAUAUCUGACAUCUUAAGAUCAUCUUUUUCUUGGCCUGGAGAUAGGGCUCAGCGGUUAAAAGCACUGACCGCUCUUCCAGAGGUCCUCAGUUCAAUUCCCAGCAACCACAUGGUGGCUCACAACCAUCUGUAAUGAGAUCCGAUGUCCUCUUCUGGUGUGUCUAAAGACAGCUACAGUGUACUUAAUAUAAUAAAUAAAUCUUUAAAAAAUAAAGAUCACUUUUCUCAAGUUCCA